GACUUGACGGGUCUGGAAGACAUGGAAAGAUGUCGGACUCUGCUGGAGCGACACAACUGGGACAUGGAAGUAGCCGUACAAGACAGAUUUAAUGAGGAGGAGGGAAGACCGUCAUUAUUUAGAGACCAGCAGAGAGAAGUGAGGACACCUCCAGUGAAUGUCAGUCCUGUAGACCAAAGGGUCAUCCAUAUAUCUCGAGGUCGACCACCCCAGGGGAUUAUGGGGUGGGGCAUCUUUAUAGUCAUGCUUCCAUUCAGAUUUGUGUACAGCUCAUUAAUGGACAUUCUACGGUUCUUUUGGAGACUUUUUAUGCCAGACCCAAGAAGAACUGUAACAGACCCAGUUGGAGAUGUGACCUCUUUUAUACAGGAAUAUGACAGUCAGUUUGGUGAGACACAUCCAGUAUUUUACCAGGGCUCCUAUAGCCAGGUCCUGAAUGAUGCCAAGAAUGAGCUGAAAUUUCUCCUAGUCUAUUUACAUGGUGAUGACCACCAGGACACUCCAGAGUUCUGUAGGUCAACGUUGGGUAAUGCUGAUGUAAUAGAGUUUAUUGAUGCACGUAUGCUGUUUUGGGGCUGCAAUACAAAUAGCCCAGAAGGGUUCAGAGUGUCCCAAGCGCUGAGAGAGAACACAUACCCCUUUUUAGCUUUAAUAGUAUUACGUCAAAAUAGAAUGACAGUGGUGGCAAGGAUAGAGGGACCAAUAGGUCCUGUUGAGUUAAUAGAAAGGUUAACUCGGGUUAUGGAGGAUAACGAGGCCUCACUAAUUGCAGUAAGAGCUGACAGGGAGGAGCGUCAUUUUAAUCGUUCACUACGAGAACAGCAGGAUGAAGCAUAUCUUGAAUCUCUGAAAGCGGACCAAGAAAAGGAAAAGAAAAAGAGAGAAGAAAUGGAAAAACAAAAGCAAGAGUUAGAAGAAGCUAAAAGAAGAGAAAUGGAAAUUGUUAAAAAACAAGAAGAAAUCAUGAGGAGAAAGGAGGAGUUGAGGACGUCCAUACCAGAGGAACCUGCUGUCGAUGAUCCUGAUGCAAUCAAAGUGUUAGUGAAACUGCCUGAUGGGACAAGAAUAGAGAGAAGAUUUUGUGGUUCCUGGUCUGCUAAGCAUCUCUACAACUUUGUCUUCUGCCAUGAAAUGACACCAGAUGACUUCUCCAUUGUAACAAACUUUCCUCGUAAAACGUUGCCAUGCCAACCAGUUGAUGGACAGCCAGACCCACCCUCUUUUAUAGAAUUAAAGUUUGGAAAGUCAGAACUUGUCUUUGUUCACGACCAUGAAGCUUGAAAUCAAGGAGUCUGCUUUAAAGAAUGACCUUGACAUUGGUAGAUAUAUUGGUGGAUAGGCCUUGACAUUGGUAAAUAGGCCUUAACAUUGAUGGAAAGGCUAUGGCAUAGUUGUAAAGACCUUGACAUUGGUGAAUAAACCUUGUCAUGGAUUAAAAGAUUGUGGCAUGGAGAUGGCCUUGACCUAUUGAGAUGUGACCUUGACCUUGAGUUGGGACUCUUAAUAUGAAGGGCUUGAAAAAGAGGCAAAGGAGAAAAGAAAUGUGAAUUUAACUUUGAAUUAAAUAUUGAAAAGUCAUUCUAAUAGUUUAAAAAUUCAUGAAGUGUUAUGCAAUCAAUGCUGUGUGCCAAGAGGCAGUGAUAUAAAUUGGAAGAUUUUGACAAUGAAAGAUUGUUGAAUCCAGGCAGUUUUUUAUCUGCACUAUUUUAAUUCAUUUCAUAUGGAAUAAUUUUGUUAAAUAUUGAUGAUGAGUGUUUCAAAUGGAAAUCAUCUGAGGUAACCUAAAAUGAGGAUCUCAGCAGUGCAUGAUGUCAGAUACGAGAGUAGAAAAGGGGGGAGAAUCUGUUUAAAGUAGAGUUAACUUUAAGUGAUA